AGUCGACGUCACUUCCGCCUCUCUGUCAGUCUCCGGCUUGCGGGCGAGCGUGCGGCCACGGGAGCGGAGCAAUGCCCAAAUCAAAGGAACUUGUUUCUUCAAGCUCAUCUGGAAGUGAUUCAGAUAGUGAAGUUGACAAAAAGGCAAAGAGGAAAAAGCCUACUCCAGAAAAACCAGUAAAGAAACAAAAGACUGGAGAAAGUUCAAAAGGGGCAGCAUCUUCCAAGCAAAGCAGCAGCAGAGACGACAAUAUGUUUCAGAUUGGAAAAAUGAGAUAUGUCAGUGUUCGGGACUUCAAAGGAAAAGUCCUAAUUGAUAUUAGGGAAUAUUGGAUGGAUCAGGAAGGUGAAAUGAAACCUGGCAGAAAAGGUAUUUCUUUAAAUCCGGAACAGUGGAGCCAACUGAAGGAACAGAUUUCUGAUAUUGAUGAUGCAGUAAGAAAACUGUAAAAUCAGAGCCAUAUGAAACUUUAAUGUUUUAGUCUUUCUACAUUGGCUUUUGUUUUCUAAACUUAUUUGUUUUCCAAGCUAUUGUAUAUUUGGAUUGCAAACCAAUUUGUAAAAUUUUUUUUAUGUGCAUUAAAGUGUAUUCUGAGUGAAGCUACUUGUCUAUACUUUAUUAAUAAGGAAUGCCUUGCAUCCACCGCCUGGUGUACAAUAAAAUCAAGCAACAAAUUCUUAAUUGUUGUGGCCUUUUUGAUCAGAAGUAUUCACUGUUGGUAAGGCUAAGAUGGCAGUUUGUAGUUCUUUUAAUUUCAGCUCAAUUUAUUAGGAAUUGUAUUGCAUCAAAUUAGAAAAUAUCUUUUUGAAAGCUGGAGGUCACCAUCUAUCUUCCCAUCAUACUUCUACAUUUUUUUUAACCGACAGAUUUACUUACACUGAUUUCUUGAAUUUUUCUAUUUUGUUUCUCUAACAUUUCCAUUUCACCACCUCACCCAAAAUAUGUUGUGUUGUUUUCUUGGCCACUAUGGAAUAAUUGAAUUGUUAAAAUAUUCCUCUCAUUAAGGUACCUUUUUGUUAAAACGAUACAUAAAAUUAAAUUCUGUAUCUGAAAACCUCUGACUCAGAAAUUUAAUGUAAUGAAUAUUAAGACAUUCUCUUUUAAAAAGUAACAUUGCUUAUAUGGGGUAUUAACAUUAAAUAAGCAUAUGCAAUUACCCUUCAGUAUUGGCUCAGUUCUGCCUCCAGGAGAUCAGGAUAUGGAAGCCUGAUUUGCCCUUAUUCUUGAAAAAUGUUUUAUGAAUUAUGGGAUGAUGUCUGUAAAAUCAGAUAUUGUUAAAUUACCUCAGACUAGGAUUUAAUAAAAAUUGUGAAAGUUUA